AGGGCCCUACAGUAGCUGCUUAUCGGUGUAGAUAGGUAUACCUAGGGCGAGGUAGGAGGCACUGAGUUAGUUACAAUAGGCAGUAGUCGCAGUAGGUAGAUAGGUAGCCAGUAUCGGGCGUCGGGGCUCCGCUGGUCGGUCGGACCAUCCCCAAAAAGGGAGGCCUAGAUUACAGGGCCUCGUUGCUAAGUACCAGACUCGCCAGAUUGGAGGGUCCAGCGCAGACAGAUUUCGGAGGUCAGAAUUGUUGAGCGACUUCUCGUCCGGAGCUCCAUAAUUUUUUCACCCGUCUUCCUUCGCCCUCGCAGGCUUAACUUGUUAACCCUCCUGCCUCCCGCGCCUCCCGUUAUUCUCUUCGGGGUUCUCUUCGUUUUCAUAAUUAUUCAUACUGUCACAAUGUUCUCCCGAGCGCUGCGAGUUCCUCGAACUGCCGCCCCCCUGGCGCGCACACGAGCCACCGUCGCCAGACCGUCUACUGUUGCUGCUCUCCGAUCCGUGACCACCAAUGCCGCUUCAUCACACGCCGAUAAGGGCGCCGUUCCUGAUACCGAUGACCAGCCUUUCCAGGUCACCCUCAGUGAUGAGAGCUUCGAGACCUAUGAGCUUGACCCCCCUCCAUACACCCUGGAUGUCACCAAGAAGGAGCUGAAGGAGAUGUACUACAACAUGGUGACGACAAGGCAAAUGGAGAUGGCCGCCGAUCGCUUGUACAAAGAGAAGAAGAUCCGCGGUUUCUGCCACUUGUCAACAGGGCAGGAAGCUGUCGCCGUUGGUAUUGAACACGCCCUGACAAAAGAAGACGACAUUAUCACUGCCUACCGAUGCCACGGCUUCGCUCUGAUGCGUGGUGCCUCUGUACGGUCUAUCAUUGGAGAGCUGCUCGGCCGACGUGAGGGUAUCGCUUACGGAAAGGGCGGUUCUAUGCACAUGUUCGCCAAAGGUUUCUACGGUGGCAAUGGUAUCGUCGGUGCUCAGGUUCCCGUUGGUGCUGGUCUAGCUUUUGCCCACAAGUACAUGGGUCGCAAGAACGCAUCCGUUAUCCUAUACGGUGAUGGUGCCAGCAACCAGGGUCAAGUUUUCGAGGCUUUCAACAUGGCCAAGCUUUGGGGUCUGCCUGCACUCUUCGGUUGUGAGAACAACAAGUACGGUAUGGGUACUGCUGCAGCCCGAUCAUCGGCGCUCACCGACUACUACAAGCGUGGCCAGUACAUUCCUGGUCUGAAGGUCAACGGCAUGGACGUUCUAGCCGUCAAGGCUGCCGUCAAGUACGGUAAGGAAUGGACCCUCGCUGAAAGCAGUCCCCUGGUUCUCGAAUAUGUUACCUACCGAUAUGGUGGUCACUCCAUGUCCGACCCUGGCACCACAUACCGAACCCGUGAGGAGAUCCAGCGCAUGCGAUCUACCAACGACCCCAUUGCUGGCCUUAAGCAGAAGAUUCUGGACUGGGGCGUUUGUAACGAAGAGGAGCUCAAGAGUAUCGACAAGGAGGCUCGCAAGCACGUUAACGAUGAGGUGGCUGCUGCAGAGGCUAUGGCGGUUCCUGAGAACAAGCCCGAAAUUCUAUUCGAGGAUGUGUACGUCAGAGGUAGUGAACCACAAUUCCUACGCGGCCGCACACCGGAUGAGAACUUCUACUUCUCUUCCUAAUUAGACAACACUAGCGAUUAUCAAUCGGAAGCUCAGCCCGGGAUCAAAGCAAUUGGGUUAGGCAUUCUGUAUCAUUGUAGUAUAAUUUAGAAUGGCGGGUUGGAAGGUCAGGAGUAGGAUGGAGUAAUCAGAAGUGUUGAAAAUCCGCACUCAUGUCUUCUACUUGUCCAUAGUCAUUCCCGUCUACCCCUUGCACAAUGUCUCACUGUCUAUAUAGAGUUGACAAGAGUGAGAAGAUAUCAAUGAACUUCGUCGUGCUUGAACUAUUUAAUUAUUAUUUA